AUGGCAGCAGGCAUAAUUUCCCUCCAAUUCCAACCGUCGAUAUUUCAAAUUCCCCUCUAUCCCUCAUUAUCUAAACCUAAAACCUUCAAACCAUUGACAGUCAGAUCCCAAAAAUCCGAUGCAACCACGAAAACCCACGAAGACGGAAUUCCGAUUAACCUUGUCAAAACCCUAGCUCAGUUCAAAUCCAGGCACAAUUUCAUCAGAGUCCUCGAAGUUUCCCGAAAAUCCGACCACCCUUUCGCCGGCUCCAGACUCCUGUUAUUAGAUGCCCCCGGCAACAUUCACAGUAUCUCCUUCCUUCUCAAACUACUCACAGGCACCUACUUCGACGUUUUCGCUACAUUUCCACCCAUUUUACCUCCCGGACCUUUAGGAAUUCUCGGGUUUGGAGCCGGGUCUGCUGCCAAGUUAAUAUUGGAGCUGUACCCUCAAGGCGUGAUCCAUGGAUGGGAACUUGACCCGGCGGUGAUUGGUGUUGGAAGAGAGUAUUUCGGACUCGCUAAGCUCGAAAGGCAAUACCCAGAUAGGCUUUUCAUCUAUGUUGGCAAUGCGUUGAGUGCUAAUAUUGAUUCUGGGUUUUCAGGGUUGAUGGUUGAUUUGUUUAGUAAAGGGUGUUUAAUUCCGGAGCUACAGGAUCCGGAUACUUGGAUGAAGAUGAAGAAGAAGUUGAGGGAUGGUGGGAGGAUUAUGGUGAAUGUUGGAGGGAGUUGUGUGGAAGCAGAGGAUUCUAGGAGAGAUGGGAAAGUGAUUAUGGAGGAGACAUUGAAGGCCAUGGAGAAGGUUUUUCCAGGUGAGGUUCGUGUUCUGAAUCUUGGGAGUAGGAAAGACGAUAGCUCAAUUGCUGUUACAGGUGGGUUGCCUGAUUUGGAUUUGUGGAAGGAGAAUUUACCUAAAUCUUUGAGGUUUUAUGUUGAUAUGUGGAAGCCUUAUAGUGUUGUCUAA